GAUUUCAUUCCUAUCCUCCGUGAACAUCUUGUCAGCAGAUUGCUCGACCCAGACCCAAACGGCGGCAGCGACGACGGCCCACAGUACACCAAUCAGCAACUGGAUGGCAUCGAGAUCGAGAACGACCGCAUGUAUCGACACAAGAUGCUCCGCAUCAACUACACCACGUACGACAUGCGCCGCGACCAAGACGUCGUCAAUCCCCGCACCCACUCCGACAUCAUGAUGUAUGCCCCCGAUGCGGACACCCACCCCUUCCUGUACGCUCGCGUCAUCGACAUCUUCCACGCCAACGUCCGCUACACAGGCCCGGGAGCGACGCGCUCCACACGCAAGUUCCACCGCAUGAACUUCUUGUGGGUACGCUGGCUCACUCUAGACGAAGACGAGAGCUUCCAAGGUCGCCGACUACCACGCCUACGCUUCCUGGAUGGUGCGGACUCGAGCAUCAGUCCGUUCGGCUUCGUCGACCCCGACGAAGUCCUUCGUGCAGCAUUCAUUGUGCCAGUCUUCGACCUCGGCACUACCAGCGACCUCCUCGGUCCUUCGGAGCUCGCAAGGCGGGCCUCGGACAAGGGCGAAGACUACAAUUACUAUUAUGCAUGCUUGUAA